CCCCUCCAACUAUAAAAGCUCACCGCUUUCUACUUCAUUUUUCUCCCAAAAACAUUUCUUACUUACCUUCUUCCUUCCUUUUAUUCCUUCCAUUUUCCGGCGACGUACUAGGUUUCCGAUACCAUGAGUCCGGCGUUACUGUCAAGUUUUGCGACGGAAAUAAUUAUUCCUGUAUGCGCCGUGAUUGGUAUCAUUUUCUCGCUGUUUCAGUGGGUGGUAGUCUCUAGAGUAAAAGUUGCACCAGACCGUAAUGGUCCUCCGUCUGUCAGCAACAAAAAUGGAUACGAUGACUACUUAAUUGAAGAAGAGGAGGGACUUAAUGAUCAUAACGUCGUUAUUAAAUGUGCCGAGAUUCAGAAUGCAAUCUCCGAAGGUGCAACCUCCUUUUUGGUCACCAUGUAUAAAAAGAGCCAGCAGUGCACCUACGAUGUAUCCAGAAUGUGCAAGCCUGCAAUUGCAACUGCUCUCUUCAGUACAAUCGCCUUCUUGCUUGGUGCGAUCACCUCCAUCAUUUCAGGUUUCCUUGGGAUGAAAAUAGCCACUUAUGCCAACGCAAGAACAACCCUAGAAGCCAGAAAAGGCGUUGGUAAAGCUUUUGAGACAGCAUUUAGAUCUGGUGCUGUGAUGGGGUUUCUUCUUGCAGCAAACGGACUUUUAGUUCUAUACAUUGCCAUUAAUCUGUUCAAGAUCUACUAUGGGGAUGACUGGGAAGGACUUUUUGAGGCCAUAACUGGUUAUGGACUCGGCGGUUCUUCAAUGGCUCUGUUUGGAAGAGUUGGUGGAGGUAUAUAUACUAAAGCUGCUGAUGUUGGUGCUGACCUUGUAGGGAAAGUCGAACGAAACAUUCCAGAAGAUGACCCCAGAAACCCUGCGGUGAUUGCUGAUAAUGUUGGGGACAAUGUGGGGGACAUUGCUGGAAUGGGAUCUGAUCUUUUUGGGUCAUAUGCCGAAUCAUCUUGUGCUGCACUUGUUGUUGCUUCCAUUUCUUCUUUUGGAAUAGAGCAUGAUUUCACAGCAAUGUGCUAUCCAUUACUCGUGAGCUCUGUUGGAAUUCUUGUUUGCUUAAUAACCACUCUUUUCGCAACUGAUUUCUUUGAGAUCAGAGAAGUCGAUGAAAUCCAAACAACUUUGAAGAAGCAGCUUAUCAUCUCCACUGUUCUUAUGACUGUGGGUAUUGCAAUUGUUAGCUUCAUUGCACUUCCCACAUCCUUCACAAUCUUUAAUUUCGGUGCACAGAAGGUCGUGCAUAACUGGCAACUUUUCUUGUGUGUGUGUGUCGGUCUUUGGGCUGGACUUAUCAUCGGUUUUGUGACAGAAUACUACACCAGCAAUGCCUAUAGCCCUGUGCAAGAUGUUGCUGAUUCCUGCAGAACCGGAGCCGCAACAAAUGUAAUCUUUGGGCUCGCAUUGGGCUACAAAUCCGUAAUCAUUCCCAUCUUCGCCAUCGCCAUCAGCAUCUUUGUCAGUUUCACCUUCGCCGCCAUGUACGGAAUUGCAGUCGCCGCCCUCGGAAUGCUCAGCACCAUUGCAACCGGACUCGCGAUUGACGCCUACGGUCCCCAUCAGUGA